GGAGAGGAACAGAGAAACGAAGCGGUAAGCGGAGAGGAAUAGAGGAUCCCUCCGACUCUUCUCACUCCAAAACCCUACUUUGCCUCCAAGUAAACCCCUCCUCCCACUCCCCGCCCCCUUCGAUCUCCCUCUCUGAAAGCCCCUCCUCCCUUCCUCCUUCAGUCCUCCACCAAUCCUCUCUCCCGUGAUCGUCUUCCACUCGAUCACUGCGUUGUUUUCGUGGUCCGGCGAAGCGCUGAAGGUCCGUUGCCGCUUCUUCCACUCGUUCUUGCUUGUCGGCCGACGCAGUUCCUAUUAGUAUCAUCUUUCUAGAUCUGUUAUUGAAUAGCAACAUCUUUAAGUAUGUCACUGGAUGAUCUGAUAAGGCGCAGUAAUGGUGAGAGAGGGAGAGGCCGAGGCCAUGGGAGGGGCCGUGGUUGGGGCCGGGGACGUGGUGGCACCUUUCGUGGAAGGGCAUCAGGGAUGCUAAGUCGAGGGCCUCUCGGAGUUAAUAUUCGGCCAUCUCCAUACACAGUCGCCAAGUCCUUCAGCAAAGCAAAAGAUAUGAUACAGAGGCAUGAUCUAUUUGAUGAUAGCAUGGUAGCUGCUGGGCUUUCAGGAUUUGAAAUGGGUACAAAACUGUACAUUUCGAACUUGGAUUAUGGGGUGUCUAAUGAAGAUAUGAAGGAGCUGUUUUCGGAGGUUGGUGAGCUUAGGCGGUGUGCUGUUCAUUAUGACAGAAAUGGUCGUCCAACUGGGUCAGCAGAAGUGGUGUUUACAAGGAGAAGUGAUGCCUUGGCUGCCUUAAAACGAUAUAACAAUGUUCAGUUGGAUGGUAAAGCUAUGAAAAUAGAAGUGAUUGGAACUAAUUUAGGCUUGCCUGUCACUCCUCGAGUAAAUGUAGUUGGGGGUGCAACUGGGAGACAGAAGAGGACAGUUGUCAUGACGCCAGGAGUUGGUCCAGGUAGCUCAGGUUCAUUUAAUCGUACUUCAGGACUCACCAUUGUAAUUUUCGUGGAGAAUACGGGAAGUUUCAUGACCUCUGAAGAUUUAUUUCUUGAAGAAGUCUAGUAAUUCCUGAAUCGACUUUUGCAUAUGAGUUGUAUCCGUACUUAGCUAUACCUGUUGUUUCUAUCCUGCUUCUGAUAAUUGAAAUUUUGACACUGCAUUUGAAGUUUGAAUUUCUGGCCUCAUGAAGAAAUAUUUGCCCUAAAAUAUGUAUAUAUAUAUAUAUAUAUAUAUAUAUAUAUUAUAGUGGUCCUUGAUUGUAUGGACAUACAAUUCUAAGAAUCUGAUUGAUUUCAGAUCAUGAAUCUAUGCAUUUUGGGACUCACUGGUUUAAUUUGCUUAGAUGAGUUGUUUAAUUAGUUGAUAUCUUGUUUUUCUUUGAAGUCAUGCUGUUAGUGGUUGUGUUUAUUGUCUUCCUAGUGGCCAAUAUUUAUCAUGACUUUUCACUCAUUUUGCUGGUAGUGUGGAAACUCAUAUUUUCUGAUCACCGAUUGACAUGCUGUGCGAUGUGCUAUUUUUCAUAUCAUGCCCCUGGCUGCCAAAAGUUUCCUUUAGCUGGAAUUUGACAUUAAAUUAUAGAGGGCUGUUCUUGGAUUAAGGCAUUCUCGAACUUUAAUGGAUAAUACUAGAUGUAUGACAGAAAUAAGGGACACUACACUUAGGGAAUCGUCUUCAAUGUAAGACAUCAGAGAUGACAGAUUUGGAGGGACACCACACUCGAGGAAUUGUCUUCAAUGUAAGACAUCAGAGAUGACAGAUUUGGAGGGACACCACACUUGAGGAAUUGUCUUCAAUGUAAGACAUCAGAGAUGACAGAUUUGGAUUCAAGAAAGGGAUGGAGUAAGAGGAGAUCUGUUUUGGAUUUUGGAGCAGCUAGAAUGUGGCCAUAAGAAUACAAAUUUGGGCAGUUUUAGGCGCUGGCUGGGAUGGCUAGUUGUUGCAACUGUCUCUUCAGUAGCAGAUUUCAUGUUCUAGGUUUGGUCUAUUCUUAAUGAAAAUCAAUUCUGUAAGCUUGGACUGCUUGCUGGAUUUUAAUGGUUAUAAGUUCAAUUGAGUAAAUUCUAGAUUAAACCUUCUCAAUCCCUAAGUCCUUGCACAGUCAAACGACUCCCAAAUCCUCCCCAGAUCUUUUCUGCUCCUGGAUGCUCAGAAGAACAUGGAGAGGAGAUCUAGCCUGUGGAGGACAGGUAUCAGAUCUUUAAUUUGGCCCUUGGAGGAUGACAACCACUAUUAUUUUUUAGAUACAACCCGUGGGCAGUGAUUGGCUAUCUGCUCUUUGAUUUGACUGUUGGGGCAGAGGAGAAGAAUAAAUGAGGAGUUGACCAACUACUUGCUAAAUCUAGUUGGUCGCAGUGAUUAUGUUGAACAAGAGAAACACUCCCCGGAUCUAGAUGGCAAUAGACUGGUGCUACCAGUUGUGGUUGGCCUCUUUUUGAUGUUGAGUGGCUGAGGGAUGAGAGACCACUAAUGCCAAGGAGCCAAUAAUCCUGGUCUCGGCUUUUUCUUGGCAUCAAGAUACUGAUUGAUUGGAGAUUGAUGGAUGUUGGGCAUUUUGCAAGAUGAGAGUGUGUUGUGAGAUGAAUGAAGGUAAAAGAGCUAGAUGAGAGUUUCAUUUAAUCAAACAUUUAAUUCUAUAUUUUUCUGCUUUCAGUUUUUAGCUAACAUUGCUGGGCUGAAGAGCUGCGGCUGACUUAAUGGUUGAUCUUUGACCUAUGCAAAUUGGACCUGGCAGCAUCCGACCCAAUUUUGGGCAGGCCUAGUUAGGGUUUCAAGUUGGGUCAGGCAUACAAUUUGACGCCUGAUUGUAUUAUAGGAUACGUUAGUUUUGCAAAUGGUUAAAUGGGCCCGACUCAAUCUGGACCAAGGUUCUAAAAGAUAUUUAUUUUAUAGUUUGAAUAUAUUAAACACUAGAUCUCUCUUUUCUAAAUACUUCUCUUGAUCUAAUCACAUCAGUCUCAUCCUUCCCUUUGGCCCUCCGCUCCCUCUCCUCUUUCCUUCUUUGCCAUGUUAGAAUAGGGCCACAUAUUUGGCGUGGAACAAGGAUAGAGGAUUUGCGCUCUAGAUUGGUUUGGCUAGUUUAGGUUGGUCAUCGGCUUGGAAAUUAGUGGUUGGUCUAGGUUUUGGUGAAAGUUUGUAGCCUAAACAUGGGUCUAAGUUGAGCUAGGGCGAGCAUGCUGGUUCUAGAGUGAAGCCCAGUCUCAACCCGAACUUGGCCAGCUCGAUACAUGCCUAGGUUUAAUUGAACAAAAAGGACUCGCAAUGUAAAUAUUUUUUUCGUUAAUUUUAGGCUUUAACCCUACCAUCCCAAAA